AUGCGGCUCAUCAACGUCCACGAUCUGAAGCUCUGCGAGUUUUCUGGAGGCGCCAGUGGCACUCCCCAGUAUGCCAUUUUGUCGCACACCUGGGGCUCUGAUGACGAAGAGGUUUCAUUUCACGAUCUAAACAGGGAGAGGAGCGAGCUCACGACCGGCAAGAAGGGGUAUGCCAAGAUCACGGGAUGCUGCCGGCUGGCCGAGGCGGACGGGAUUGACUGGGUCUGGAUUGACACGUGCUGCACCAACAAAUUGAGCAGCACGGAACUGAGCGAGGCGAUCAACUCCAUGUUCCAGUGGUAUGCGCAGAGCGAGGUGUGCUACGCCUUCCUCAGCGACGUCGACGGGGCUGCGGUGAGGGCAGAGCAGCAGAUCGAGAGUGCAGUUCCGGACGUGGCCAAGGUGCUGGGCCGCAGCCGAUGGUUCAAGCGCGGCUGGACGCUGCAGGAGCUGCUGGCGCCAGACGAGGUCGUGUUUGUGGACCGGUGCUGGCGGGAGAUGGGGACGAAGCGGACGCUGUCGGUGGCCCUAGAGUGCCCCCCCUGCUUCUCGAUCAACCCGGCGAUAGACCAGGCAAGAGAGAAGACGACAAACGAGAGCCUGCACGUGCUGCUGCGUAUUCAUGCGCCCUCACUGAUGUGUCUGGACCCGGCACUGAUACGCCACCUGCAGCCUCAGAGCGCACUGCACAUCUUCUGCCACCGUCCGGAAGAGGACGUGGCGGUCAGGAGGAGUGUACAAAAAGGCGACCAUGCUCCGCAUCUGCGCUUUCGCCACGUCCUCCAGGCCGGCUACAUUCCUGUGGCCAUAUAUGACCACGUCCGCACGAUCAGCCCGAUUCUCAUACCGGACCUGGGCCACGGAAGCAGCGACAACGUGGACAGUAUCGGCAAAGGCAACAGUGACGACAUUUUCAGCAACAGCGACGGCAUCGGCCUCUUCCCUCGACACGCUCUUCUGCGGUACAUGAACGCGUCUGGCCACAACCAGCUGCCCGCAACUGUAGCUGACCUGGCGAAGCAGCCCAGGGUGCAGCGACCUUCUAUCUCGGCCUUUUACAUCCGUCUCGACAUGUACAAGCCCAGUACUGGCGUCUUCGACAAGCCCGACCCUGAAACGCCAAACUUCUCCAAAAUCGAUCGGCUGGAGGGCUUCAGCCCCGCCUGGACUAUGGAUAUGUCGGCAAAUAGCCGAUCUGAGAUUGGCAGCACAUCUGGACAGUCAGUCGUCGUCUGCAGCCAAAAGACGGGGUCAUCACGGUUCCUGACGGUGUCUAUGGAAGAGAAGAGGGGAGUGGAUGGAUGA